GGCCAAAGUAAAGAUGGCGGACUUGUCGGGGACCGAGCUGUCAGACGAGAAAGAAGCCGAAAUUGAGCUAAAGAAGCGACAGAAACGACCGUGGGAGGACCUGCGCAGGUCGGGUAAAAUCGGUAUAACUGCGGAGCUACCAGAGACGUUGGGUUUCUACGACAUCAGCGCUGUCAGGAGGGAACAGCCGGAGCUCCCAGCAGAUCCGUCGUUGACACGCUUCAUUUGCGCAGAGCUCACCAGAGGUUACUUCCUGGAACACAAUGAGGCAAAGUACACCGAGCGCAGGGAGAGAGUUUACACAUGCAUGCGUAUUCCCAAGGAGCUGGAGAAGCUGAUGAUCUUUGGCUUCUUCCUGUGUGUGGAUGCCUUCCUGUACGUGUUCACCCUGCUGCCCCUCAGGGUGCUGCUGGCCCUGCUCCGCCUCCUUACCCUGCCAUGCUGUGGCUUCAGUGGUUCGCGGCUUCUACAGCCUGCACAGGUGUGCGACGUGCUGAAGGGCCUGAUCCUGGUGCUGUGCUUCUCCAUGAUGCAUUAUGUGGAUUACUCCAUGAUGUACCACAUGAUCAGAGGACAGUCUGUCAUCAAACUCUACAUCAUCUACAACAUGUUGGAGGUUGCAGACCGCCUCUUUUCCUCCUUCGGCCAAGACAUCCUGGAUGCUCUGUACUGGACGGCCACAGAACCCAAAGAACGGAAAAGAGACAGUAUAGGAGUCAUCCCUCACUUUUUCAUGGCUGUCUUUUAUGUCUUCCUUCAUGCCAUCCUAAUUAUGGUCCAAGCCUCCACUCUUAACGUCGCCUUCAACUCCCACAACAAGUCCCUGCUCACCAUCAUGAUGUCUAACAAUUUUGUGGAGAUCAAAGGAAGCGUGUUUAAGAAAUUUGAGAAGAACAACUUAUUCCAAAUGUCUAACAGUGAUAUCAAAGAGCGGUUCACCAGCUACGUUCUCCUGCUCAUCGUUUGUCUCAGGAAUAUGGAGCAGUUUUCAUGGAACCCAGACCACCUGUGGGUGUUGUUCCCUGACGUAUUCAUGGUCGUGACCUCUGAAAUCGCUGUUGACAUCAUUAAACACGCUUUCAUUACAAAGUUCAACGACAUCACUGCAGAUGUGUACAGUGAAUACAGAGCCAGUUUGGCCUUCGAUCUUGUCAGCAGUCGACAGAAGAAUGCUUGCACUGACUACAGUGACUCAGUGGCCCGAAGGAUGGGCUUCAUCCCUCUGCCAUUGGCUGUUCUGCUUAUCCGAGUGGUGAUGAGUUCAGUGAAGGUGCAGGGAGCACUGUCAUACACCUGUGUGUUCCUCUUUUAUCUCGGGCUGGUGACACUGAAAGUGUUGAACAGUAUUGUGCUGCUGGGGAAGUCGUGUGUAUACGUCAAGAGAGCCAACAUGGAGGACAAACUGUUUGAGAGGCCCCCACCGACCCCCUCCUCCUCUGCCAAGAGCCCCAGCAAAGCCGAUCCUGCCAGAUGUUCAACACCUUCAGGUGAACCUAAGGUGGAGCAGGUCCCUGCCACACCCUGCAGCCCACCCCCCUGCUCCUCUGUGACCACACAGCCAGCCCCCAGGACUGAUUUGUUUCCUGUCUCGCCCACUGACGACUCCCCUAUGACACCAAGUAACCGUCCUCCUACUCCACUACCUGAAGCUGAACCUGAACAACCUGCACCCCCACUCUCAAAGGAGGAGGAGGGGGAGGAACAAGCAGCCUCUGAAAUGAAGCACAGGACUCCCAAAAAAGACCUGCUGGAGAUCGACCGCUUCACUAUCUGUGGUAACCGCAUUGACUGACCAGCGGCAGCCGUUGAUGUAGCGAUUAACCACUCAGGAAAGACGGAGAGCAAAGGCCUCCUAGCCUGGCUCUCCUGGCCAACAGCAGCAGAAAGCUGAGUAUUUAUUUAAUUCAGUGGCACUACAGUAAGUUAUUGUGAACAUGGACACACAGUGUCAGACGAUCCUGCUGUUGUUGGAGCCUGAAGUCGACAAGCUUGACAAAGAAAACUUCAGCUGGCUGAUAAACAGCGGGAGACAAAGUGUGAGUGCGGCAGCCCAGUUGUUAGGAUGAACUGGCAUGUGUCAGUGUGUGUGUGUGUGUGCGUGUUCAGAUGGUUCAGUAUUUGGAGUGAGUGUUUGGGUGUGAGACUGUGUGACAGCGUAUGUGUGAGCGUGACAGCACACAAGCACUUCCUGUAUGAGCAGCACUGGGACCAGAAGGAGAGAAGUUUCUCAGUUAGCUCUGCAGCCAGAGAGCCAACAAACUUACAAACUGAUAUUAAAGGUAACACCUGAAUCAUACAUUUCUUUUUCCAGAAGAAAACAAGAUGUUCGGGUUUAUUUUUAAAUGUCAGAUGUUAUCCAGCAUAUCAGUUCACAAGACAAACUGCUGAGACUCUGAGGUUGAUUAUCUGGAAUUAGCAAAAAAGAAACAACAAAAAAACACACCAACCUGAGGUUUAGGACCGUCUGCAUGGACUAUAAAAGAUUAACAAGGUGAAGCAGAAAAUAACAUUUCUGCUGCACACAGUUGUUGUGUGUCUAACGUUUGCCCUUUUUUUUACUGUGAAUUACUGGAUAGAUUUACAUUUUGGGUGUCAAAAAUAUGUUCAAAUUACAUUUUAAAAAAUUGGGGGGAAAAAAACGAUGUAAUUUUGGGUCACAACUGGGUGAUGAGAGGGUUUCAGUCAGAUGGUUUGUUUUAAAGGUCUAGAGCUAAAAGGGUUGUGAAAUCCUGCUCUGAGCAGUCACACACUGUUAGUCUAGUCUAUGCAUUGCUGCUCACUCUAUUAGUCGCUCAGUUCAGUUCUGUUUUUUACAGUCUAUACCUCAGUGGAACUAGUUUGAAUUUGAAGUGAAGCAUCGAUGCUUCCAACAUCAUUUAGCAGCAUUACAAAAAUGACUAAGAGCAGUGACUUUUAAAUUAGAGCCUUAAGUAGAGCUUGUCGUUUACACAGCCAUUAGAUAAAGUAAUUUGCAGCCCUCACUGCGCCUUCAGACACGAACAGACCUUUCAUUAAAGGACCAAGUCAGCGUAUGAUAUGAACAGAAGACACCAGUCAAAUGCUGGUUAAUUUGGGCUGCUGACACCAUAUCUGCUGCUUCACACGAAGAGCAGAGGUCCAUUUAAAACCAAUCAAAGAGAGAAGUUGUAGUUUGUGACUGAUACAUAUUGAACAUAAUCCUAGUUUCCUUAUUGCUUUGGGUACAUAUUUCAAAUCAUUUUAUAUAUAUAUAUAUAUUAGGCGACAAAUUCAUCAUUUUUAAUAUCUCUAAAAUGCAGAUAAUCCUUCAAAAAGGUCGUCACUUUGUGGUACUUGGAUUACAACAGAGAAAUGGUAUUUCAUCUUUCAUUACUUUUGGUCUCGAGAAUGUUUGCACUGAUCGACUGUAUUGUCUUUAAAUACGGUCAUGUUUCUCAUUUGAUUCUCAAGUAAUGCUCCAAUGUUUACAUCUUAGGAUAAUAGAAGCAAUAUUUCCACAACAAAAUGCCUUUUCUGCAUGUGUGUAAUUAGACAUGUUUAAAUUAUUUGCUACGAACUUUUCUUUAAUUGCGAUGAAAAACCUAUAGAUAGACUAUAUAGUAGACCAGUCACGUCAGCAAGCUUUCAUUUGUCACCCGUGUAUGUAAGUGAUUGUAAACAAAAUAGAAUUAUUACUCAUUUUAUCAAAGCUAUGCCAAAGCUUUCAGAACAAAGUUCAUCUUGACUCCACAGCAGCUGUGUGAGGGUGGCAGAUUCAGAUGAACAAAUCCAUCACUCAAACUAAAGAAUCAGCUCAAAAAACUCCAAUCACUUCUGUUUGACUUCACUUUCCUGAUGCACUCUACCUAUCACUGAAUUUAUCUGGGAACAUUAAAAGGUACUUUCCUGCCUGUAAGACACUUAAAACAAUAAUAUAUUUAAUGUUGCUUUGGCAAAGACAUAUUUAAGCAGAAGGAAGAUGUAUAUAGUGUUUACACAUAUCAGCAUCUCUUGGAUUCUAUUUUGGAGAAAGAUUUCUUUAUAAUGUCCAUUAUCAUUGUAAUAAGGAAGAUUGUUCUAUUUUUGGAGCUGCAAGUUGUUAUAUUAAUAUAUUUGCACAUGAAAUCUGACUCUCCUCAGGCUUUCAUGUGCUUUUGUCAAAUGUCUCGUGUCCACUGGCCAGAGUUCAGCAUUGUCGCGGUCGGUCGGGUUUAAGGUGUCCGCUGUGGGCCGGGUCGGUGCUGCUGGUCCCGGUCCACAGCGGAGUCCAGUCGAACCUCAGUGAACCACAGCUGAGCUCUGCUGAGCUAAUGGAGACGAGGAUGAAGUGUUCUUAUGCAAGCUGCGAUGGUCUAGUACACUGCCUGCUUUGUUUCAUCAGUUUGGUUCCAUAUUUAAUUCCUACCUUGAUAUUGUAAGAAAGUGCCCCUUUGGAAUAAAAUAACUUGGUUUCUUAA